CAGACAAGAAAAUCGCUCCGUGAAGAAAAGAAUGACGACAACAAUGUAGUGACAAUGCUGAAGAAAUAUACACCGGAGACAGAGACCACAUGCCAAUAUGGUAGCGAUCACAUUCAUGUAGCCUAGUUAAAAACAAGAUUUGUUUAAUGGUAAUCAUUUGUUGGCACUUCCAGCCUCAGCCAGCCUCACACCUGGGAUUUUUUUUCUCCUUUAAGUGUAAAUAGAUAAGAUCAGGUCACAAUCCGGACACAUUUCACAAGGCAGGUUUAUACAGUGGUGAAAUGUCUCAAGCAGUCUUUGAGGUGGUCGAAACAACGCAGAUCCCAGGUAUUUUAUUUUAGAAGAGAAACAACUAAAGGACCAAGAAAAAGCUCACACCUUACAUACACAAUAAAAUACAAAGACAGUCCUAUGUUUUCUGUGCAUGCGGAAGAAAGAGUUAUCAGACACGUUUGUGACACCUUUACAAUUUAGCAUAAAAAAAAAAUCACUUCACAUUCCAGAUAACAUGCUGAAGUGUUUGGAUUUGACUAGCAAGCUAACGAAUAUUCACUGAGAAAUAUGAGCAAUGCAAUUUGAUCAUCGACAGCGUUACUUUUCACAGAGAGGCAGGACACAAGUUGAAUGCAGAGACGCUGCGUCGAACCCCUCCGGGGGCUACAACAGUCGUUCGCGGCGACUCCGUCGGUGGCAGCUUCGCUUUCCGCCGAGACUGCUGCCGUGUCUGCUGAGGUGAUCGCCGGGGUGGCCGCUGAGCUGGCGGCGCGGCUGGCGGAGAAGAAGCUGAGCCCACCUGGAGUCCUGACGCUGGGCCCAAUUCCGCCAGGAAUAAUGGCAGAAAUUCUGCAUAUGGCCGCCGCUUCCAAAGCUCAGUCCGUGUGCACCAGAAGGCCCAGCUCGACACCCUCCCAUCCAACUAUAACAGGGCCCUUGCCAACAUGUCAUUGACUGUUGAAGUGCCACCCGGAGUCUGGGUAGGGUGAGAAGACACCUCGUGAUAGUAGGGAGACUGCUUGUCCUCCUCGGGGACGACGUAGGAGCUCCUCUACAUUUAAACGUAGCGGGGGUCGGUCAUUCUGUUUUGUUUCAAGGAGAGGGCAGGACACAAAUGCAGAGUGAAGAUUGAUCAUGGCCUGGCAGACUUUACAUUGCUAUUUCCUCCUCGUCCUCUCUGGGUCCACUGCCUCGUCAUUCCCGACCAUUGAUGCAAUCAGGGAUCUGAGAGGAAUAUGGUUUGGCAACAUAUUCCCAAGACAUGGACUCCAUCUGCUUUAUUGGUUUGUUGACCAAUCAGACGUCAGCAGCAACUAUGAGACCAUCCAAACCAAUUUCGAUCCAGCCAGAGGUGACUAUGGCUUUGGCUACUACAGUAACAAUGACAGUUUCCUGCCAGUACUGACCAAUCCUAAACGGGAAGCUUACUACUCAGUGGGGGAUAUCAGUAAGAAGAAUUCUUGGGGAUUGCCUGAGUAUGUCACUGAAAGUUACUACAACUCUCUGAAAUCUGGGGACAGAAACAGGGACCGGAUCAUUGUCCGGGUUGUCCAAGCCAAUGGGUCAAAUGAGUUCAAGUUGGACAAGGUCUUUGUCACGCAACUUCAUCCGUUGAAUGACAACCAAGCAAAUAUGAUCGAUCCAAAUCACACGUACUUGGUUACAUUCGACCUUUUACGAGAAAUUCAAACAUUACAGGUGCUAAGCAGAAGGAAUGACACGUUGGCCGGUUUAGAGGAGUUUCUGACACAAGCGGGCUAUCAAACGUGCCCAACGCCAGAAUUCCGUGUUUGUUCUUCCAAAUCCAUUCGAUUCCAAAAGCUUCAGAUGGUGGACAUUAAAACAGUGGACGAUUGUGUUUUCCUGAAGCUCGAUGUUCAACCGGCCAUGAAUGGCUAUUUGAAAAUGAGUUGGAGUAAACUGCCGAAGUCUAUCAUGGAUCUUAACAUGGUGGUGGCGCUUUUCAACGAUGACACUAGCACAAACAUGUUAGCCAAGUCCCCUGUUGGAAAUGAGACGUCUGGAACCUCUGACGUUACCGUGGCUCUAACCUCUGGCCUUCAGGUCAGGCUCCUCAAACAGAAAUCUCUCUGGGAUGUAAUGGAAAAGGAAAUCUGGAGGGGUGCUGAAUUUGACAGUUCAUACAGCUUGAUUCCAGUCAGCCUGAAAGGCUACGAUGCCAGUCUGCAGCUGUACGCUAAAGACGGCUAUGCUUGUGGUCGGUUGUUUGUGAAGACAUCGUUCGUUGACUGGAAGGAGGUGUUUUAUAAAUCUUGGGUAGGGUUUUACUCGGGAAACAGCUUAAACAACAACAAAUACUACACCUUUCAGUGGGCAGUUUCGUUUACUAAACAGUCUUGGUCAGAGGAGAUACCGGCGUAUGAUGUCUAUGUUUAUGAGUCCAGAAUGGCUAUUGCACCAGGUGUCCAGGCUCGAUUCAUGAUGUCUAAAUACAAUGAAGUUGCACGUACGGCAGCCUGGGGAAGUCAAACCUAAUCAAAUUCAGAGCAAAUUCAGGGGUAAAUCUUGGUAGAAAAAAGUAUUUCAUGUUUGAGUGUAUCGACUUUUCCAAACAACAAUAUAUCUGAUCAUAACGUCAUUAUUUUGCUUUAUUUGGCUUUCUUGGUCCAUUAAUAAUAAUGCUAAUUGUGAAUUAAUGCAUGUAUGUCAAUGCAAUACAUUCUGCAAAAUUAAAGUUAACUACAUUUUAUUUGAUAACACAUUGUAAAAAUACAUGCAUUCAUGUGGAAAUAAUGCAUUAAA